AUGAAGUUCGCUCUUACGGCUGCUCUGCUGAGUGCAGCUUCAGCAACUUCCAUUGUGAAGCCACCUCAGCUUAUCCUCGACAAUCCACCAGCUCACAAUGCAGACUUUCGGAUACCUACAGCGCGUGAAUCCGCGGCCAUGGCCAGAAAGAUACUACAUCUCACCACCACUGGUGAUCUUGUGACAUCGUUCCCAAGUGAGGAGAAUAAACUUGGGCGAACUCCGUCCGAACUCGCAGGGUCUGCUAUCGGAUUGUUGGAAUACUAUGCCGAUUGCGAUGCCUUGAGUGGCAACCCCAUCCUACUCGCACUUGACAUAKCCACUCCAUAUAAAAACUACAACGCAGGAUCCAACAUCAGUUUGAGCAUUCGCUGGUGGCCGGAGCAAAGUACCGUUUAUCCUACGUGGAACUUUGACAGUGAAGAGAUCCCCACACCGCACACGCCAGCUGCGCUACCGCGGUUCUCUCUCCACGGCCAUCUGGAGCCACUYUCAUCGAAAGUGUUGGAGGAGAAUGGGAUCCAGAAAUGCUUCUUAAAGUCCCACCCUGACUCAAUCUACUGGCAGCCCGGCAACGAUAUUCACACGUCAAAGUACGUGCAGUUGGUGGUCGAGCAGAUCUAUUGGUUUGGUGGAUUUGGAGACAGGGCGAGGAUUGGAUGGUUGUCUAUCGAAGACUGGCGCAAUCUCACAAUGGAGGAAGUUAUGCAGGCCAAACUUCCUGGCGAGAAGAAGCAUGCGAGCUGGUGGAGAGACUGGUUGUGA